GGGUGUGGCCGCCGUCUCGUGUGGCGGAGCCUGUUCCCGGUUCGCUCCCCGCAGCCGAGCGGCCAGCAGCAGCGCGGUGGUGGCAACCGGGCUCCAGAUUAAAAUACAAAUUAACUGGCACACACACCCCUCUUAGUUCUUCACGUGAGACUCCUGAGGAAAACAGUCACAAAGGAUGAGCGAACUGGAACAGUUGCGGCAGGAGGCUGAGCAGCUGCGGAAUCAGAUCCAGGAUGCCAGGAAGGCCUGCAAUGAUGCCACGCUGGUUCAGAUCACGUCUAACAUGGACUCCGUGGGCCGAAUACAAAUGCGAACCAGGCGCACGCUCCGCGGCCACCUCGCUAAGAUCUACGCCAUGCACUGGGGCUAUGAUUCCAGGCUACUAGUCAGUGCGUCCCAAGAUGGAAAAUUAAUUAUUUGGGAUAGCUAUACGACAAAUAAGAUGCAUGCCAUUCCGCUGAGGUCCUCCUGGGUGAUGACUUGUGCCUAUGCCCCGUCUGGGAACUAUGUUGCCUGUGGAGGCUUGGACAACAUCUGCUCCAUAUACAACCUGAAGACUCGAGAGGGGAAUGUGCGGGUGAGCCGAGAACUGCCGGGGCACACAGGCUACCUGUCCUGCUGCCGGUUCUUAGACGACGGACAAAUCAUUACCAGCUCAGGAGACACGACGUGUGCAUUGUGGGACAUCGAGACGGGGCAGCAGACGACGACCUUCGCGGGACACUCGGGUGAUGUGAUGAGUCUCUCACUGAGUCCUGACUUGAAGACCUUUGUGUCUGGUGCUUGUGACGCGUCUUCAAAACUGUGGGAUGUCCGAGAUGGGAUGUGUAGGCAGUCUUUCACGGGACAUAUCUCAGACAUCAAUGCUGUCAGCUUCUUCCCAAGUGGAUAUGCCUUUGCCACUGGCUCUGAUGAUGCCACUUGCCGGCUCUUUGACCUCCGUGCAGACCAGGAGCUACUGCUGUAUUCUCAUGACAAUAUCAUCUGCGGCAUCACUUCUGUGGCCUUCUCAAAGAGUGGGCGCCUUCUGCUAGCCGGCUAUGAUGACUUCAACUGCAGUGUGUGGGAUGCGCUGAAAGGAGGCCGGGCAGGUGUCCUUGCUGGUCAUGACAACCGUGUUAGCUGCUUAGGUGUCACUGAUGAUGGCAUGGCUGUGGCCACCGGCUCCUGGGACAGUUUUCUUAGAAUCUGGAAUUAACUGUGUCAUAGUUUCUGUUCUCCAAUGGUUAUUUGGAGAAAUCCAUGCUACAGCCUAUAGCUAUGAGAAAAACUCUACCUUCUAUUUGCGGAUGAAGAUGUUUCUAUUGAAAUGAAUGCAUACAAAAAGAAGCUUUCAGUGAACUACAACCAAAUGGUGUAAAAGAAACAAUCAAGAUGAAGGUCCCUUGCUGAGGUCGAAGGGCCGGGGUAUUAGCUGGGCAGUUGUGUUGACUUUAACCCCGACAGACUCGCUUGUGCUGGUUUUCUGUAGAUUAGAACAGACACUCGUUAGCAGAUGACCAUUGUGUUUGCAUUUUGUCAGGGACUCCCCUUGAACUCUGUAUAUAUAAAAAUGUCACAUUUUUAAAGUGUUAUCACGGAAGAGCCAGGACUCAGGAUAGGCAGAAGUGAUAGUGUAGAUAUAUGUGCUGUCUGAAGGAGUCCCCUUGGGUUCUGACAUUGCAUUUUAACUUUAGAGUCCCUGAAGGCUUCCUGAUUAGGAGGGCUGAGAGGUGAGGUGGCUCUGAGGGAGCCAGUGGCUGGUUUGACGCAUUCUUUGCCAGCUAGGAAUCUACGUAAGUGCUCCUUUGAGUCUUUGAGGUGGCAGGUGAUGUGAGGGCCAGGGGGUAAAAAUUUCACUUUGACACAGGAACAUAUUGAAGUGUCAUUACAAUUUAUUAUUAUAUUAAUAACCAGUAGACACUGGCAUGUAAUUUUUGGUAUUCUAAAAGGCUGAGCCCUUUGGACCUUUGGAUCUUGCUGUUAAUUUCACUUUCAGAAACCAAGUGUAUAGAAUAUACUAGUAUUUCCGGUUUGACAAAACCUGACUUGUCCCUGUAUCUGAAGACUUUUGCCCAGUAUUCUCUGUAAUAGGCAGGAAACUGUCUCACCUUUUACAUUCUUGAGAAACGUAAACUCAUCCACGCCACUGGCACUAACUUACAUGUAGUAAGAUGGCUUCAUGAAUUCAGUGUCAUGUCAAAUCUGUUGGAAUAAGUGAUCUGUACCCUUAAACUUCUGCUGUCCCAUUGGUGGUGCUGCAGAAGGGAUCCGGGGCCUGGUGCCCGCCAGGCAACUGCUCUGCAUCCCCAGCUCCUCUGAUGGACGCGUUCUGCUGCCGUGUAGUGCUGUUCUCCAUAGCAUGACACACUUGUUUCCAAGUAGCUUACUGCAGGCUGUCUGGAGCUGAACCCUCGAGCCUAAAGCAUUGUUUCAGAGGGGUCCAAUUGCUCAGUAGAGUGUCUGUCACUGGGCUGUCCUGCCUCCAGACCGAACCGAUGCCGCUCCUCGUGUUUCCUCCUGCAAAUUUAAAUGACUGACGAGAGUUAAGUCUUGCUGGGUGCUGCCUUCAUGGGUUACUUGGAUGUAUACACACACAUUGUUUUGUAACUCAGUAACAUGUAAGUUGCUGUUUAGCAAUUUUACUGUUAAAGUUGAGCACCUGUAACUAUAACCUUAAUAGUCGCAAACUGUUUCUGUGACUUUUCAUCCUUAUACUGUGAAUGGUCCUAUGUAAGUGUCCGCUGUGGUAAAAUCGGCAUCCCUGUUAUUAAGGUCAGUUGCUCUUAAGAGACUACAGUGGACAGAGCCUCCUCCCGGCACACAGCUCCAGGGUUGGACCUGAGUGGGGCAGACACACAGACACGGAAAGCUGGGGUCAUGUAGACUGGGCUCUCCUGUGGAGAAACUGCAGCUCCCAGGAAGGAAUUUGUGACAUGGAGUAGCAGAGUUGGUGCUGCUGUACACAGAUGAACAAGGAGGCAGCGUUUACGGUGUGCAGCUGGACAAGGAGACAAGGAUGGCUCCUCUCUGUAAGAGCAGCCUCUGCAGGGAAACAGUCUUCGGGCUGUAAACAUUGGGGGUAGGGAGGGUGCUAUGGUGGACUUUUCUACAUAGUCCAUCAGCAUUCAUACUCAAGCCAGGAGGGCUUUGCUGUUCUCCCACGGGUCUGGAGCAAAGGUCCUUGACACAGCAGUACCCGUCAACAGCACAUGCACUCAGGGCUUCCUUUGCUCCCUACAGGGUAGCGGUGAACUGAGAUACAGUAUUGAAGAGAAACAGACCACCAAUGGCAGGUGUGAAUGUGUACCUCAAUCUUUAGUUUCUGGGACACCUUUGCUCUAUCUGUGAACUAGGGAGGUCACUUCGUAAAGCGUAGCUCUCUGAAAUAGGGCACAAUUUACUUAAAAAAAGAAAAGCCUGACAGUGGGCUAGAAUCUAGCCUUGCUUGUACCUGUUGCCUGGAAAGCACUCUACCACCGGGCUACAUCUGCAGCCUGCCCCACCCAAGCCAGAGCUGAAGCACUGAUCAAAUCACUCCCCCAAAAGGGCGUGUCUCUAAGUCUGCUGUGUAGCUCAGAAUUCAUCCCAGUGUUCAUUCAGAACAGCACUUCUAAUAGGUAUUUAAAAAUGGGGCUAGUGAUUAACCUGGGCUAAGUACUUGAAGCACAAGGCCCGGGGUUCAGUCCUCAGCUGUGUGUGUCGGUCAAAAGUCAUACUAAAGGUAUUCUAUGGCCCUAAAUGUUUUAAAAUGGAAUUUAGGGCUGAAGAGUUGGCUCAGCAGUUAAGAGCACUUGUUAUUCUUACAGAGAACCUGGGUUCAAUUCCCAGCAACCACAUGGCAGCUCACAACUACCUGUAACUCCAGUCCCAGGGGAUCUGACUUCCUUGGGCAGCAGGCACAUUAAAGCAUGCAGGCAAAACAUUCAUACACACAAAUCUGUUUAAAAAGGAAUGUACUUUCAUGUUAUGGAACCAUGAUGAACAAUGUGGCUGACUGCACACAGCACUGACAUUUGACACAGCAAUGACCUUCCUCAAGCUGCUUUCUACUGGUUGGUGCCUUUAGGGUUUCUUUGCAGUUUCUGUUGCGGCUAAAUACAUUGGGUUGCCUGAGACUUCCUGAAAUUAACCUAUAUAUGUGCCUUAGCGGGUUGACGCAUAGCAUGCAUAACAUCAAACAGAAGUCGUCUUGAGAUGGACAAGAUUCUUAACAUUUUGCCGUGGCUCCUGCCUUGGCCUCUAACUGGGUCCGCAGGCAUUUGCCCCUGUGCCGCUUUCCCCAAGAGUAUUUUAAAGGCACACUUGCCUUUCUAAAACAGUGUAGCGCCGUGUGCUGUCCGGCAGGGCCGUCUCCACCUGGAGAUGAGCAAGCUUCCUUUUGGCUGCUGUACUCUGUGUAACGUUCCAGGUCCCUCACUAGCUUGCACUUAGAAGUGGUACACAUGUACUGUACUGAAUUCCAAGUUCAUAAAUGCCAAGUGGUGGGGUCUGGUUCUUGAAGAGCGGGUCUCGUCAGUAGCUGUCAUUUUAAUUUAGACUUAGCAAGCUGACUGAUGUGCUUCUGUUAAGGAAUUUUAAUCUGUUAAAAAAGAAGUGAACUAGUGUAUGCCUGUAACCCUUUACUUGGGAGGCUGGGACAGAGGGAUCACUGAGAGUUGAGGCCAGUCACUGGGGCUAUCAGAUGGAAACCUUGUCCCAGGGGCUGGAGAGAGAGAGCAGUGGUUAAACCUGCUUGCUAUUCUCACAGGGGGCCUGAGAACAGUUCCCAGUGGAGGUGGCUAACACCUUCCUAUAACUUCAAGGGGUCCAAAGCCCUCCUCUGGCUUCCUCAGACACCUGCACACACAUAAUUUAAAUCCUUUUUUAAAGGAAAAGAAAUCCUAUCUUAAAAACAACCAUAAAAAUGAUCAUUCUGUUGUUGAAAGUACUCGCCAAUCCUGUAGAUGACUUAGAUUUAGUAGUAAAACUAAGACUUUGUUUUAGAAAUGCAACUAUUCAGGGAAAUUAAGUGGAUGUGAAUGUCCUGUAUUUUAAACCAUUGACUAGCCUAGAAAACUGAAUAAGCAAUCCCCCAGAUGGACCUGCCAUCGUUUCAAUAAGGAACAUUCUUUUAGAAUCUGCAGAUCACAUCAGACUUGCACAAAUACUUAAGAAUGAUUUAAAAUGAUGUCUAAGCUUCCGUUAGAAAUGUAAGAGCCACCCACAGGUGAGUCUGUCAUUUGACAAAGAUGAUCUUCAAUCGGAUCCUGCAGAACGUGAAGCACACAGGAGCUCAGCUCCUGCUUUUCAUUGGUUACAAUGGUGCUCACAGGAGGUUUAAGUCAGCACUGUCAGCCACAGACUGAUGGAGCAUCUUGUAUUUAGGAAAUAUUUUCCAUCUUGAGAAUUUUCUAAGAGGUUUUUUUUCCUUAAACCCAAUGGCUGGCUUUGUAAAACAGGUAUAAUAAUGUAGCAUCACAGCUAGUAUGAAAUGUACCCAACAGAAUCUUCCAGCACAUGGUCUGUUAACUAGGACUUCGGUGGCACAGCAGGAGGUUGUGCAAGCCUUUCUGUCUUUAUACAGUGGUGCUCUAGCCUACCAUUUCUCACCCAAGAGGCUUCUCUUUGAACAUCUGCAUCGUCUCACUGAAGCCAUGAGAUGGCCCACACUUCAAGUGUGUCCUGAAGCUGGUUUGAGUACUUGCCUAUAAGGCACCUUGGAAAUGUCCUCAAGUAUUUCCACAACGAAGCCAACUGACUAUGAUGUCAGGCAUAUGUCUAAAGCUUGACCAUGCAAGCAGAGGACUGGGGCCAGGAUUCAGCAGUAUUCUGAGAUGUAACAGUGACUCACUCCUUUAUUUGUACAGUUGCUUGUGAAAUGUUGUAGUGAGCUGGUCCUGUGAUCUGUAAUCAAUAAAGUGCUUUUCAUCAUC